ACCACAGAUCCCGGAGCGGAAGACCGAGAUUGAGCAAAGGGGGUGGACUCCGGGCAAUCCCUAGCCCAAUUCUGCGCCUCCAUCCCGAGGGGGCAGAAACAUUGCCUUCCUCUGCUGACCUCUAGCAGGAAAACAAAAUUAAAGGGAAAGAUAAAAGGACACGGAGGAGGAAAAAGUGACAGCUAUAUUAUUCAGGAGAGGCACAGAGGAGAGAAAUUGGGGUGAGUCGCCAUGGGGACUCCCAAGACCCAGCACCCACCGCCUUCCCAGCUGCUGUUCCUAAUUCUGCUGAGCUGUCCCUGGAUUCAGGGUCUACCCCUGAAGGAUGAGGAGGCACUGCCAGAACCUGGAAGUGAGACUCCCACAGAGGCCUCUGAGGCCCUGGCUGAGCUGCUUCACGGGGCCCUGCUGAGGAAAGGCCCAGAGAUGGCCUACUUGCCAGGAUCUGAUCCAGACCCCACACUAGCCACUCCUCCAGCCGGCCAGACUCUUACAGCACCCUCCUUGCCACGAGCCACUGAGCCAGCCACAGGGCCUCUGACAACAGCUGUAACUCCUAAGGGGGUCAGGGGAGCAGGUCCCACUGCCCCUGAGCUGCUGACUCCACCCCCGGGAACUACAGCUCCACCCCUGCCUGGCCCUGCUUCCCCAGUCCCACCCCUGGCUCCUGAAGGUGGAGAAGAGGAGACCACUACCACCAUCAUCACCACGACAACCGUCACCACCACAGUCACCAGUCCAGUUCUGUGUAAUAACAACAUCUCCGAGGGUGAAGGGUACGUGGAAUCUCCAGAUUUGGGAAGCACCGGCAGCCGCACCUUGGGGCUCUUGGACUGUACUUACAGCAUCCAUGUCUAUCCUGGCUAUGGCAUUGAAAUCCAGGUGCAGACACUGAACCUGUCUCAGGAGGAGGAACUCCUGGUGCUGGCUGGUGGAGGGUCCCCAGGCUUGGCCCCCCGUCUCCUGGCCAACUCUUCCAUGCUCGGAGAAGGACAGGUCCUUCGAAGCCCAACCAACCGGCUGCUUCUGCACUUCCAGAGCCCACGGGUUCCUAGGGGAGGUGGCUUCAAGAUCCACUAUCAGGCCUAUCUCUUGAGCUGUGGCUUUCCUCCCCGGCCAACCCAUGGGGAUGUGAGCGUGACAGAUCUGCACCCGGGUGGCACUGCCACAUUCCACUGUGACUCAGGCUACCAGCUACAAGGAGAGGAGACUCUCAUCUGCCUCAAUGGUACCCGGCCAGCGUGGAACAGUGAACCUCCUAGCUGUGUGGCCUCCUGUGGUGGCAUCAUCCACAAUGCUACGCUGGGCCGCAUUGUGUCUCCUGAGCCUGGGGGAGCUGCAGGGCCCAACCUCACCUGCCGCUGGGUCAUUGAAGCUGAUGAAGGACGCCGGCUACACCUGCACUUCGAGAGGGUCUCGCUGGAUGAGGACAAUGACCGGCUGAUGGUGCGCUCAGGAGGCAGCCCUCUGUCCCCUGUGAUCUAUGACUCUGAUAUGGAUGAUGUCCCAGAACGUGGUCUCAUCAGUGACGCCCAGUCCCUCUAUGUGGAGCUGCUGUCAGAGACACCUGCCAAUCCCCUGCUGCUCAGCCUCCGAUUUGAAGCCUUCGAGGAGGAUCGCUGCUUUGCUCCUUUCCUGGCACAUGGCAAUGUCACUACCACUGACCCUGAGUACCGCCCAGGGGCACUGGCUACCUUCUCAUGCCUCCCGGGCUAUGCCCUGGAGCCCCCAGGUCCCCCCAAUGCCAUCGAGUGUGUGGAUCCCACAGAACCCCACUGGAAUGACACAGAGCCAGCCUGCAAAGCCAUGUGUGGAGGGGAGCUGUCUGAGCCGGCUGGUGUGGUCCUCUCUCCUGACUGGCCCCAGAGCUACAGCCCCAGCCAGGACUGCAUGUGGAUCCUGCACGUCCAGGAAGAGAGGCGCAUCUUGCUCCAAGUUGAAAUCUUGAACGUGCGGGAAGGGGACAUGCUGACCCUGUUCGACGGGGACGGUCUCAGUGCCCGAGUCCUGGCCCAGCUGCGGGGACCUCAGCCGCGCCGCCGCCUCCUCUCUUCCGGGCCGGACCUCACGCUGCAGUUCCAGGCCCCGCCCGGGCCCCCCAAUCCAGGCCUAGGCCAGGGCUUCGUAUUGCACUUCAAAGAGGUCCCGAGGAAUGACACGUGCCCCGAGCUGCCGCCCCCCGAGUGGGGCUGGAGGACGGCGUCCCACGGGGACCUGAUCCGGGGCACCGUGCUCACUUACCAGUGCGAGCCGGGCUACGAGCUGCUGGGCUCCGACAUCCUCACCUGCCAGUGGGACCUCUCCUGGAGCGCCGCGCCUCCCGCCUGCCAAAAGAUCGUGACUUGUGCUGACCCUGGUGAGAUCACCAAUGGCCACCGCACCACCUCGGAUGCCGGCUUCCCCGUGGGCUCUCAUGUCCAGUACCGCUGUCUGCCAGGGUACAGCCUGGAGGGCGCAGCUGUGCUCACCUGCUACAGCCGCGACACAGGCACACCCAAGUGGAGCGACCGGGUCCCCAAAUGCGCCUUGAAGUACGAGCCAUGCCUGAACCCCGGCGUCCCUGAGAAUGGCUACCAGACACUGUACAAGCAUCACUACCAGGCGGGCGAGUCUCUUCGCUUCUUCUGCUAUGAGGGCUUUGAGCUUAUCGGCGAGGUCACCAUCACCUGUGUGCCCGGCCACCCCUCACAGUGGACCAGCCAGCCCCCGCUCUGCAAAGUGGCCUAUGAGGAGCUCCUGGACAACCGAAAACUGGAAGUGACGCAGACCACAGACCCAUCACGGCAACUGGAAGGCGGAAACCUCGCCCUGGCCAUCCUGCUGCCCCUCAGCUUAGUUAUUAUUCUUGGCAGUGGUGUUUAUGUAUAUUACACCAAGCUACAAGGCAAAUCCCUUUUUGGCUUCUCCGGCUCCCACUCCUACAGUCCCAUCACUGUGGAGUCCGACUUCAGUAAUCCACUGUAUGAAGCUGGGGAUACGCGGGAAUAUGAAGUUUCCAUAUGAACCCCAAGACAAAGGCUGCAGGACCCAGAAUACCCCUCCCCUCCUCAUCUGAGGCAGUGGGGGAGCACAGGACCUAGUGGCCGGCUCCUGACUCCCCUCCCCCCCUGCUGUGUAAAUAGUCUCCCUAUCCCAAUGAGGGGGCUUCAUGGCCCUGAAGAGCCUACAGUAAACAAACCAGCAUCCUGCC